AUUCUGAUGCAAAUGUUAAUGAAUUUGAAGCAUCUGUACCAGAUGAUAAUGAUAAAAUUGAUGUUAUAAAUAUACAAACAAACUCAACACAAACAGAAGUACUUACACCUGUUAUAUCAAAUAAAUUAAAACUAAAAUUUUAUUUUCUUGAAAUUUGUGAUAAAGAAAUUGUAAAACAGAAUAACUCUCCUAUGAGUGACAUAUUUCUGAACAGAGAUUUGUAUUUAGAAAAAAUAAAAGUUUGUCAACUUGAUAAUAAUAAUUUAUCAGUAACUAAAACAUUUAAUAUAGGAAACUAUGUUUUUGUAUUUGUAAUUAAUUAUUUUAAUUGGAUGUAUCAAUUUAAAAUGAAAAGUGAUAAUGAUGUUGCAAUAAAAUUUGGAGAAACUUUCAAUUCUGAAACUGGCGAUUAUGGUAUGCCAUUGAUGAUUAAUUAUUUGAAAUUAGAAUCUGUAUGGAAACCUGAUUUCAACUCUGGAAUAUAUGAAAGAGUAUUAACAAAGAAAGGUACUAUGUGUAAAAGUUAUUCUGAAGGUUUGUACAUCCAAACAUUUCCUCCUAAAGAUGAAAAAGCAAAAUAUAUGCCAGUAUAUAAACCUAAAGGAGCUAAUAUAAAAAGACCAAGAACAUAA